UGUGUGCGGGGGGCCGGAGGCGGCUGUCACUGUCGGCUCAGCCUGCGCCGGGGAACAUUGGCCGCCUCCAGCUCCCGGCGCGGCCCGACCCGGCCCGGCUUGGCCGCCUCAGCAGAUGCCUGUCCCGGCAGUCAUGAGGCCUCCCUGGUGUCCCCUGCAUACCCCCUCCCUGGUUUCUCCUCUCCUCCUCCUCCUCCUCUCCGUCCUGGGAGGAGGAGCAGGGGCUGAGGGCCAGGAAGACCCACAGCUGCUGGUGAGGGUUCGAGGGGGCCAGCUGAGGGGCAUCCGCCUGAAGGCCCCUGGAGGCCCAGUCUCAGCUUUUCUGGGUAUCCCCUUUGCAGAGCCGCCUGUGGGCUCACGGAGAUUUAUGCCACCAGAGCCCAAGCGGCCCUGGUCGGGAGUGUUGGAAGCUACCACCUUCCAAAAUGUCUGCUACCAAUACGUCGACACCCUGUACCCUGGUUUUGAGGGUACGGAGAUGUGGAACCCCAACCGAGAGCUGAGUGAAGACUGCCUGUACCUUAAUGUGUGGACGCCAUACCCCAGGCCCACUUCUCCCACACCUGUCCUCGUCUGGAUCUAUGGGGGUGGCUUCUACAGCGGGGCAUCCUCCUUGGACGUGUAUGACGGCCGUUUCCUGGCCCAGGUGGAGGGGACCGUGUUGGUAUCUAUGAACUACCGAGUGGGAACCUUUGGCUUCUUGGCCCUACCAGGAAGCAGAGAAGCCCCUGGCAAUGUAGGUCUGCUGGAUCAACGGCUUGCCUUGCAAUGGGUGCAAGAAAAUAUUGCAGCCUUUGGGGGAGACCCGAUGUCAGUGACUCUGUUUGGGGAGAGUGCGGGCGCUGCCUCAGUGGGCAUGCACAUUCUGUCCCUGCCCAGCAGGAGCCUCUUCCAUAGGGCUGUCCUCCAGAGUGGCACACCCAACGGGCCCUGGGCCACCGUGAGUGCGGGAGAGGCCAGGCGCAGGGCCACGCUGCUGGCCCGCCUUGUGGGCUGUCCCCCAGGGGGCGCUGGCGGCAAUGACACCGAGCUGAUAGCCUGCUUGAGGACCAGGCCUGCUCAGGACCUGGUGGACCACGAGUGGCACGUGCUGCCUCAGGAAAGCAUCUUCCGGUUUUCCUUCGUGCCUGUGGUGGACGGGGACUUCCUCAGCGACACGCCAGAGGCCCUCAUCAACACUGGAGAUUUUCAAGACCUGCAGGUGCUGGUGGGUGUGGUGAAGGAUGAGGGCUCCUACUUCCUGGUUUACGGGGUCCCAGGCUUCAGCAAAGACAAUGAAUCUCUCAUCAGCCGGGCCCAGUUCCUGGCUGGGGUGCGGAUCGGUGUACCCCAAGCAAGCGACCUGGCAGCCGAGGCUGUGGUCCUGCACUACACGGACUGGCUGCACCCCGAGGACCCUGCGCAUCUGAGAGAUGCCAUGAGCGCGGUGGUAGGCGACCACAACGUCGUGUGCCCCGUGGCCCAGCUGGCUGGGCGACUGGCUGCCCAAGGGGCCCGGGUCUAUGCCUACGUCUUUGAACACCGCGCCUCCACACUGACUUGGCCCCCCUGGAUGGGGGUGCCCCAUGGCUAUGAAAUCGAGUUCAUCUUUGGGCUUCCCCUGGACCCCUCGUUGAACUACACCGUGGAGGAGAGAAUCUUUGCUCAGCGGCUUAUGAAAUACUGGACCAAUUUUGCCCGCACAGGGGACCCCAAUGACCCCCGAGACUCCAAGUCUCCACAGUGGCCACCGUACACCACUGCCGCGCAGCAAUACGUGAGCCUGAGCCUGAAGCCCUUGGAGGUGCGGCGGGGACUGCGAGCGCAGACCUGCGCCUUCUGGAAUCGCUUUCUCCCCAAAUUGCUCAGCGCCACCGGUAGGCGCGUGGGGUGGGGGAGCAGGGAAGGCACGAGGCGGCAAGGGUUGGAAGGAGGGGAGAGAGAAGGGCUGCAAAACACGGGGUGUAAUCCCGGUCUUCUCCACCCUCCCCAGCCACGGAGGCUCCCUGCACCUGCCCAAGCCCCGCCCACGGGGAGGCUGCCCGGAGGCCCGGGCCCGACUUGUCCCUGCCCCUCCUCUUCUUCCUUUUCCUCCUCCACUCCCGGUUUCCGUGGCUCUAACUAUAAUCCUUUCCCCUCUGGCCUCAGAACACACUUACUCCAGUGUGCGGAUGAAAGGAGGAACCCCUCUCAGGGAUCUAGCACCCACUCCAUCCUCAAGUCCACAAACUGGACAGACUCAGGGAUCUUUCUUAAAAAUUCAAAAAAAAAAAAAAAAAAAAAAACCCCAGGUGUUUUUGUUUUGUUUUUUAAUGUAAAACUUAUCCUUUGGUGCUUAAAGCCUGAUGUUGAGGGGAGAAGGAUCCGGGGCUAGUCGGCGCCAGCCAAAGCGCCUUAUAAUCGCCAACCAUUUCUGUAUCUUCUCUCUUUCCCCCUCCAACCCUUGGUCCCUCCCCUCCGUCUUCCGAUGUUUUUUCUCUUCCUCUCCUUCCUGCUACACUCCUCCACCUCUACCUUCAUUCUCCGGAUCAUCCACUGUUCUGUUUCCACCACCCUGCUCGGCCUCCGACAAUGCGUGCAUGUGCCGGCGCACUCACGGCCGAUCUCCACUACCCGACCUGUUCCGUUUCUGCCACGCUUGCGGGGUGCCCUGGCCGCAGAUACGCUGGACGAGGCGGAGCGCCAGUGGAAGGCCGAAUUCCACCGCUGGAGCUCCUACAUGGUGCACUGGAAGAACCAGUUCGACCACUACA